AACGUUCUUCGUUGUGCAUGAAGUAUCAGGGAAAAUUCACGACGUGCGCGCUUUUUAGAGUGUUUUGCUUCCAGACAACAUCUACUAUUUUUUCUAUAAAAUAUUUUGUAUCGCAAGGAUCUAGAAAACGUAAUUAGCAGCCAUACUCUCGUUUGCAAAAUAAUAAGAGCCGACUAGCAAGAUAAUAAAAGGCGAAAAUGCGGGAGACGGUCCAUGUGCAAGUGAAAGACAACUCACCGUCAAUAGAGCGCAUCUUACGUCCAAUAACAUACAUCUCCUGGCUCCUGGGUGUCGGUGUAGCCCAUCCGCGAAAGUGUCCCAAAGCUAUAACGAUAAUCAUACGUAUAAUUUACAUGGCUGUGUGUUCCUAUGUCAUGAUAAGCGACCGAAAAUUUAUCUUCCCUUUUCCACUUUUUCCUGAAUAUUUCGUAUAUACAUUUCCGCCUUUUCACAUUAUAAACAAGAUAAUGUGUUGUGUAUCAGUCUAUUAUUGUAUAUAUCCUGGAAUCAGGGAGUACAACAAGUGGCCGGAACUGAUGGAUAGAUUGAAAGAACUCGAUCAGAACAUCAAGAAAGAAAUAUCCAUGAAUGAUCGAUCUAUAAAAAUUGUCGAAGCGCUAGCAAUUUUUACGACGUUCACUUUCUGUCCUUUGAUAACAAUUAUUCAAGCUCUGUAUUACUUACCACAUUUACUACAAAUAGAUGUAUCGCUGUUGUACUACAUAUUGUUAGCGCAGUUAAUGAUCAACAGUUUCAUCUUUGUGGUUAUUGUCUAUAUAUUAUAUUGUAGAUUUCAAGCAAUAAAUAAAUUGAUCUGCCAAUUGGACAAAUUAUCCGAUGUACAAUGGAUCGCGUUCAAGAUAAGACGCAUCAGAGAAUUGCAUACCGGUGUUUGUGAUCUCGCCAGCAUGGUAAACGAUAUUUACGGUUUUAAUAUCCUCUUCUGUUCUGGGAAUUGCUUUACCAUGGCUAUAACCUCACUGUACUAUCUUUUUAAUUUUUUACCGUACUGUAACUGUUUAAGGCUGAUACAAUAUUUCUUAUGCAUUGUAUAUUUCAUGCAAUUUGGCCUGAUUUGUUGGAUUUGCACACUCGCGUGUGAAGAAUCUAAUAGGACCGGCAGUAUCAUGCACAAAGUUAUAUUGAAUUGCCAACCUAUGAAUCUUGAUAAUAACGAGGCGAGCAAUCAAUCAAGUCUUGAAAUGCGAUCUGCACUGGAAGAUCUGAACAACGAGCAGAAUUCUAAUUGUAGCAGCAGUCACAAUCCGUAUAUCGUGGAAAAUUUUUUGCGCAAAAAUCUGGACCUAGAGUGUGUCACAGAAGAAGUCAAUGAUUUUUCGACUCAACUGCAGCACAAUCGAGUAGCAUUUACGGCUUACAAUUUCUUUGAAAUAAACAAUAUUUCGUUUGGUUGUGUGAGUAUAUAAUUUACGUUAUUAGUUGCCGUAGAAGAGAAGCUCCUUUUGAAUUGCAAUGUAAAUAAUAGUUAUCAAAACAAUUAGAAGAAGUAAAUUUUUUUUUCAGUUUGUCGGGGUGACAGUCACUUAUCUAAUUAUCUUUAUCAAUAUUUUUAAAAAAUGGUAAAGAAACUAAUAAUGGUAAAAAUUUUGAAAAACUUAUAAAAGAGGUACCAAAAAGAUUCUUACAAGUUUGUUAUUAUCAGAUAAAGGUGUUUCUAUUCAAAUAAAAUCAUUUUUAUUCACAAGGGAUUUGGUAAUUACAUGUGUAAUUAUGAAAAGUCAUUGCGGAAUUAAAUGAAAUCAUUUGUAAUCAAAUAAAGUUUAAUGAAGUUGUGUAAUAAGUAGAUCAACAUUUUA